ACCACGGCUGGGUUGCACUUCCAGAAACCGAAGCAGCCCUAUCGUCUCAGCUCACGCUUUCAUUUCUCUCCAGGGAAUAACUCAUACGAGCAUUACAACCAGGCUGAAAACAUCCACCUCUCCAGCAGUUCGCCGUGGUGGAAGAGCACUGUCCUUCUGGACUGCUUAGAGGUGGUUUUCACCUGGACCAGCUCUCUGACCUGCUCUACAUUGUUGUAUCCGAAUUACACCCCAGCCUCAAGGGUGGAAAGACAUGACAUGAAUACUCUCAGUUUGCCACUUAACAUUCGCCGCGGAGGCUCUGACACCAAUCUCAACUUUGAUGUACCAGAUGGGGUCCUAGAGUUUCACAAAGUCAAACUCAGUGCAGAUAGCUUGAAACAGAAAAUCCUCAAGGUUACUGAACAAAUCAAAGUUGAACAAACAGCUCGAGAUGGAAAUGUGGCUGAGUAUUUGAAACUGGUAAACAGUGCAGACAAGCAACAGGCUGGGCGCAUCAAACAAGUCUUUGAGAAAAAGAACCAGAAAUCCGCCCACUCCAUUGCUCAGCUGCAGAAGAAAUUAGAACAGUAUCACAAAAAAUUGAAGGAUAUUGAACAAAAUGGAUCUUCCAAAAGCACUAAGGAUACUUCCAAAGAUAGCUUGAAGGAUAUUCAGCAUGGAAAGCCUCGUACCUCCGGGCAUGGACCAGAGAGCAGCAAGUCGGGUGUGCCGGGUGUAUCCUUGACACCACCGGUCUUUGUUUUCAGCAAGUCGAGAGAGUUUGCAAAUCUGAUCCGAAACAAAUUUGGUAGUGCAGACAACAUUGCUCAUCUCAAAAACACCCUGGAUGAAUUUCGGCCAGAAUCGAGUUCUAGAACCUAUGGGGGCAGUGCCACCAUUGUUGCCAAACCCAAAUACGUUAGCGAUGAUGAAUGCUCAAGUGGGACCUCUGGCUCAGCAGACAGUAAUGGGAACACUUCAUUUGGUCCUGCUGUGGCAGGCUCCCUGGACAGCCAAGGAAAGCUCUCCAUGAUUUUGGAGGAACUAAGGGAAAUCAAGGAAACACAGUCCCAAUUAGCUGAUGAUAUCGAGAAUUUAAAAACACAAUUUAAAAGAGACUAUGGCUUUAUUUCUCAAAUGUUGCAGGAGGAAAGAUAUAGAUACGAAAGAUUGGAAGACCAGUUAAAUGACCUCACUGAUCUUCAUCAACAUGAGACAGCAAACUUGAAACAAGAGCUAGCCAGCAUAGAGGAAAAAGUGGCGUAUCAAGCAUAUGAGCGAUCACGAGAUGUUCAGGAAGCCUUGGAAUCGUGCCAGACCCGUGUUUCGAAGCUGGAGCUUCAUCAGCAAGAACAGCAGGCACAGCAAUCCGAAACAGUUAAUGCCAAAGUGCUCCUGGGGAAAUGUAUAAAUGUUAUCUUGGCCUUCAUGACUGUCAUCUUAGUGUGUGUUUCUACUAUUGCAAAGUUCAUUGCUCCUAUGAUGAAGAGCCGUUUUCAUAUCAUCUGCACUUUUUUCGCAGUGACGCUGCUGGCAAUAUUUUGUAAAAACUGGGAUCAUAUCAUUUGCGCCAUAGAAAGGAUGAUUAUACCAAGAUGAAGCUGCUGGUCUGGCUGUUCUGUUUUUCUUUUCCUCCCUAUUUUCAAGUGCUGUGUAUAUACACGUUUUUGUCAGUUUAAAUGUGCAGACUGAAUGAAGAAGGCUACAAAGACUCUUGGACUUUAAGGGGGUGUAAAUACAUAAAUGCGUACUAGUUGGCAGUCAGUAGUCUGUUCAGUCAGAUCGUGUCUAAUUGGGUAUGUCUGUGAUGAACUGCUUGCUUAUGUCAGUUUUCUGCCUUAAUCCCACUGUUUUUCCACUUUACAAACCUACACCCACAAAAGAUGGUAGGAUUCUUUGAGAGGGAUCCAAGAAACUGUAAGUGUAAGGUGUGCUGUUUAUUGGACUGGAGUGCAAGGAGUGUGAUGAGGAGGGAGUACAUCAUGAUGUGUAUCACCUAUAUUAGGCAAAUUAUCUCUUUGAAUCCAGCUAGGAUGAUAACUAGAAUUAUACAGUCAGAUGUAUUAAUAGUUUCAGAUUCUAAAUUAAUGGGUAACUGUAUAUGGGGUUUUCAGGACCAGCAAAACUGGAUGCUUCUGCUAGUAACCCUUUGCAAGAAGAGUUUAUUGUUCAAAAGUUAGACCACUGAUGACUAGUGACCACAGUUAGCAGUUGUUCUAUCCUGGCGCUGUUCCUUAUCACACUCAAGGAAAACGUAAGUGCAGCAUAAAGCUUCCAAAGAUGAAAACUGAAUUGAAUGACAAGAUCUCCAGGCCACUUCAAAAGGGAGCAAAGGAGCAAGUAACUGGUGGGUGUGUUGUCACGCAGACCAGAGUGCUCGCUUGCUUCAAGCAUUGCAACCUGCAAGGAGGAGGAGUUAAACACAAAGGCAACACUUAAGUUAACCUUUAUUAGCACUGAAUUGUUGGGAUUCUCUAACUGAAUGGAAAGCAGAUAGGUGGUGGGACUCUGGGUACGGUGGAAUUUUUUAUGUCAGAUUAAAGCAUGCAGAAGUAUGAGGGAACACAUCCUUAGGGGAGCAGGGAGUUAAACUUCUGUAAAUAUACAAACACUGUGCAGACUCUCUUGACAAACAUUCCUGAAAUAAUGUAUUAGCAUACACUACCACUACUAGGAGAAUAGGUGGUCUUGUUUUCCUACUAGAACUUAUUUUAAGAACUGCAGGAAAAAAUCCCUGAAGUCCUCUGCUUGGCUCUCAGUCAUGAUGUGAAACAAUCUUUAAUAAAAGAAAUAAAUGAGAAUUCUCCUCCACUCUGUAUUAAAUGG